GUAGUAAAGCAGCUUUCGUAUUUUGGACUUGGGGUGUAGUUCAUUAAAAUGGAGCCAGAGCAAGCAGAUGCUUCAUCAGUCUUCAUGUGUAAAAUAUGUAACCUGUUCUCUCCCAAUAAAUCACUGCUCCUGUCUCAUGUUCUCGAGACACAUACCAGUGAGGACGGCAACGCUGAAGACAUUAUUAUUCCACUCAAACCUUUACUGUCUCCACAGGAGCAAUCUACAGAAAGAGUUGUGAAAAGAAAACGUGGUAGACCAAAAGGAUCAACUAAAAAGCCCCAAGCAGAUGAACUGAGGUCAAACAAAGUGUCUGGUCAGCCAAAGAACGAGACCUCUGAUGUGCAGUCAGAAUCAACAGCUGAAUCACAGACCGAAGAUGCCAAUGAUCUGGAGUGCAAGAAAUGUCAGCGAAAAUUUAGCAACAAACGGCAAAGUUCCAAACACAUCUGUUUUGCAGAACUGAAAGUGGUUCCUGAUGAGGAUGAACUUCAUGAUCCUGAUCCUGAUGAUAAUAACCCUGUACCUGAAGAUGAUGUAGAAUGCUCACCAAAGAAGGCAAGAACAUCAAAGACAGAUAAAGUGCCUAUUGUAAAUUAUUCUGAGCCAUCAAGCUGUACCAAAAACCCAAUCAUCAAUGUUGUUCUUGCAGCCCACAAAGCCAUACCAGGUGCCACAAAAAUUGUUCCCAUUGAGGCUUCUCCUGCUGAGGCAGCUACAGCAGCUGGUGGAAGCACAGAUCCUCAAGAGCCAGCACUCAAGAAAGGUUACCAAGAAUAUGUCAUACACCAAGCUGCUUAUGAAGCACCUCUAACAUCCAACAGGCUAGGUCAAACCCAGCUAAAAAUAUUCACUUGUGAAUACUGCAACAAGGUCUUCAAGUUUAAGCAUUCCCUCCAAUCCCACCUGCGAAUUCACACCAAAGAGAAGCCAUUCAAGUGCACCCAGUGCGACUAUGCCAGCGCCAUCAAGGCAAAUCUCAGCGUUCACAUGCGGAAGCAUACAGGGGAGAAGUUCAGCUGCGAGCACUGUUCAUUUCAGUGCCUCAGCAAGGGUCACCUCAAAGUACACGUCGAAAGGGUGCACCAGAAAAUCAAGCAGCACUGCCGCUUCUGCAAGAAGAAAUACUCUGACAUCAAGAGCUUGCUUAAGCACAUACGGGAGAGCCAUGACAUGCAAGAUGAGAAAGUUAAAGACUGCUACGAUGAGUACAAGCUACAAACUAGGGAAGGAAAACGUCAGCUUCUCUACGAGUGUAAUGUCUGUGACCGGAAAUUCAAGUACGAACUGGAGCGCGACCGGCAUCUGAUGGUCCACGGGAGCAACCGUCCCUACAGCUGCGAGCUGUGCGAUCACGGAGCGACGAAGUUCCAGGCCCUCCUGGCUCACGUUAGAAAGCAUCCCUUCGUGUACAUGUGCGCCAUUUGUUUACGAAAGUUCGUCAGCACAGUGAGACUCAAGUCCCAUUUCCAAGAGUCCCACCCAGAAGUGGAUGAAUCUACAGUUUUUGCUGAAUCUAUGAAACACAGCUUCUGUGUACUGAAACCUGGGGAUGGUGUUCAGAGAGACAUGCUGAGUCAUGAAGACGUGGAGAUUACCAAGGAACUGUCACUUCUCAACACGCAGGACGUGCUGGUUGCAGAAAUGGAUGAACAAGAGGUUCAAACUCAAGAUGCUGGGAAUUUAGCUGUAGAGACGCUAGGCCGCAGUAACCACGAGGACCUUCCAUCAACAACUAAUAACACCUGCCCAAUUGUUGAGACUGGGGCCACUGUGGAGAAUGUACCAAACAAAGAACAGUUGCAAGAUAAGUUGCUGAAUGUGGACUGCACUGAAAAUCCUGGCGAUUUGCCUUCACAUUGUCCUACAUCUGAAAUCUCAUAUUUGUCAGCAAACCAUCAAAUACUGCCAGAAGUUUCAAACUGCACCCCAGUUGCUCAUAGCCAGACUGAAUCUUCUGUUACUCAAAGUGCCUCUGCCCCUAGUGGAACCGAGGACUCGAAUACUACACAGUACAAACAAAAAUCUGCUUUUGAGCAGAUCUUGGAUCAAAUUCAGAAAAAGCAGCUUAGUAUGGAACUUUUCGAGAGAAUACGGAAAGUCCAUGGUGAUCUGGAGUGUGAAUACUGUGGAAAGUUUUUCUGGUACCGGGUUCACUACAACAUGCAUGUACGGACACAUACACGAGAGCAUCAGUAUUACUGUUCGCAGUGCAGCUACUCCUCGAUCACCAAAAACUGCCUAAAGCGCCACGUAAUACAGAGACACAGUAACGUUUUCCUCAAGUGUCCUUCAGAAGGGUGCGAGUACUCAACGCCUGACAAGUACAAGUUGCAGGCUCAUCUUAAAACGCACUCAGAAAUAGUUAAGAAGAUAUUUGUUUGUCCUGCCUGUAAGAAGCCAUUUCCAGAAGACAAACUCAGGCAUCAUAUCACAACUAGCCAUCCAGAUGCAUCACUGAGCACUGUUCUUGAGGCACUGGGAAUACGCGCCCAUGUAAAAGGAGUGAUAGGAAAACGAGGCACCAAAUGUCCCUACUGUGAAUUCUACUGCACAAGAAAUGGAAGCGACAUGCAGCAGCACAUCUGGGCUCAUGAAGGAGUGAAACCUUUCAAAUGCCUGCAGUGUGACUAUGCAUCACGCAGCAGGAGCAACCUCAAGGCUCACAUGAACAGGCACAACACUGAGAAAACUCACCUGUGUGAUCUGUGUGGCAAGAAGUUCAAGUCCAAAUGCACACUUAAAAGCCACAAGCUCAUGCACUCAGCUGAUGGUAAGCAGUUCAAAUGUAGUGAGUGUGAUUUCACUGCAGCAAAGAAGCCAUAUCUCCUCCGCCAUAUGGAACAGCAUGCAUCCUUUAAGCCAUUCCGUUGUGCACACUGCCACUACUCGUGCAACAUCUCUGGCUCUCUCAAAAGACACUAUAACAAGAAGCAUCCUGAGGAGCAAUACAGCAACGCAGGUCCUGGAACAGCCGCUACAGAGGCUGUGGAGGAACAGGGAGGCGUGAAGUGUCCGGUCUGUAACUAUGUUUACGGUACAAAAUGGGAAAUGAACAGACACCUGAAAUGUAAGCAUAGGCUCAAAGUAUUGGAGAAUCAGUAUGAGGUAGUAGAAUCAGCAGAGGAACCGACCACGCAGUAUCUUCAAAUUGCUGAGACUCAGGAGACACAGGGAACAGAGGCUGCUGUUUCAGUGCUGCAGAACCUUCGCUUUAACACACAGAACGGUGUUGUUUCAGCCACAGCUACAGACAGACUGGAUCCGGAAUCAGUAAAUAUUCUUCAGCAGAUAAUAGAGCUUGGGACUGAGAACCCUGAUGCCACUGUGGCCUCUGUGGUUGCCAUGGCCCCUGGCACAGUCACUGUGGUUGAGCAGGUCACUGAAGAAGAGCAGCAGACUGAACAUGCCAUGAUGAUCCAUGAUGCACUGCAGCAGGCCACAGUGGGUCUUGGAGAAGAGCAUCACCUGGUGGUGUCUUCAGACGACAUGGAGGGCAUCAAGACGGUCACGGUGUACACGCAGGGCGAGGACACAUCGCAGUUCAUAGUCUAUGUUCAGGAGGCUGUCCAAACCGAGGAGAGCACUACAGAGGUGGCCUAAACAAGCAGUGGAUUUAAAUCUCAAAGCAGAGGGCUGCAUUACUCUGAGACCUGCAUGCCCCAAUGUAACAUCUUGUGUUGGGACUAAUGUUGAAGGUUGCUGGAGCCAGCUAGUGAUGAUACAUCCAGCAUGAGCAGGAGCGGGCAGAAUAUCCCACAAAAUAAUGGAAAAACUAUAAUUAUAUACAGGUGUCAAAAGUACAGCUGUUAUUUUUAAAUAUAAAUUAGACAUCUACAGCUUACCCACUUGCUUUGAUGGCAGGAUGUCGAGCAAGACUUGAACCAUUGCAAAAAAUGGUAAAUAAAACAAAAGUAGGUCUAAAUGAUGACUGGUCCGAAUCAGCAACAGUAAAUGUAUAGAAUUCAUUUGUACAUGGCUUGAGGCCGAAGUUUUAAUUACAUACUAUGACCAUACCAAACACACAGCAUUCUGUUACAAGUUUUAUUAAAUUCUGAUUAAACUGUCUGUUUUGACACAUUUUAUAUAGAAUUAAUUUAGAUUUCCUUAACAAAUACAAAAUAAAAUAAUAAUUAUAAUAUGAUAAAUACAAAAUGGAGACACGUGGCACAGCGGGAAAUUCUGCUAGCGCAAUACCUCUGACCUCCAGGAUUCAGAUCCCCAGCGGUGCGUUUGGCCAGGCAUCUACAUACAUACAGACAUGACUGACUAUGUCUGGGGGUUUCCCUUAAUUGAUUGGUGUCCUCUCCAAGGUGUCUUACUGCAUUGCACUCAGUAAUUCUGGGGAAAACGAACCCACCGAAACCAUAUAAUGAACAGACCGUUUGAGCUGUUCUUUCAGGACUGGAUUGGGAGAAAAAAAUGACUUGUACCAACCUGUUGUGCAGACGAACAAUUAAAUAAAUCCUUCUUAUUCAGUG